GAGAGAGCUUACCUCUCUUCUCUAUCGCCCCCUCUGUAUCUCUCCCGUUCUGGUCCGAGUUCCGUUGGCGACGAGCGACUAGGGUUUUGCGAGAGCGCCGCUACAGCCGAUCCAGAUCUCGUCCUCUUCUCGGAUUCCUUCGCUGUCCUUGAUUCCUUUCUGCUCCACCGUUAGACGCCCAAUAUGGCGACGGCUUCAGCAUCUUUUAAAUCUCGAGAAGACCAUCGAAAACAACUUGAACUAGAGGAAGCACGUAAGGCUGGGCUUGCCCCAGCUGAGGUUGAUGAAGAUGGGAAGGAAAUUAAUCCGCAUAUUCCUCAGUACAUGUCAUCUGCCCCUUGGUAUCUUAAUGCUGAGAGGCCUAGUUUGAAGCAUCAGAGGAAAUGGAAGUCAGAUCCAAAUUACACGAAAGCGUGGUAUGAUAGAGGUGCAAAAAUUUAUCAGGCUGAUAAAUAUAGAAAGGGUGCUUGUGAAAAUUGUGGGGCAGUGACUCAUGAUAAGAAGUCAUGCAUGGAGAGACCACGGAGAGUGGGUGCGAAGUGGACUAACAUGCAUAUAGCCCCGGAUGAGAAAGUGGAGACAUUUGAACUUGAUUAUGAUGGAAAACGCGACCGUUGGAAUGGAUAUGAUCCAUCAACUUAUGCUCGUGUAAUUGAGCAAUAUGAGGCUAGGGAGGAAGCCAGGCGGAAAUAUCUGAAAGAACAGCAAUUGAAAAAGCUAGAGGAGAAGAACAACAAGCAGAAUGGCGAAGAUGCAGUUAGCGAUGAGGAUGAAGAAGAUGAUGGGCUAAAGGUAGAUGAGGCAAAGGUCGAUGAGAGCAAACAGAUGGACUUUGCAAAAGUGGAGAAACGUGUACGCACAACAGGUGGUGGAAGCACUGGAACAGUCAGGAAUUUGCGUAUUAGGGAGGAUACUGCAAAGUACCUUUUGAAUCUAGAUGUCAAUUCUGCCCUCUAUGAUCCAAAAACCCGUUCCAUGCGUGAGGAUCCUUUACCAGAUGCUGAUCCAAAUGAAAAAUUCUAUGGAGGUGAUAACCAAAACAGAAUUAGCGGACAAGCACUUGACUUCAAGCAGCUCAAUGUCCAUGCUUGGGAAGCUUUUGACAAGGGGCAGGAUAUCCAUUUGCAAGCUGCCCCAUCCCAAGCAGAAUUACUGUUUAAGAAUUACAAGGUUAUCAAGGAGAACUUGAAAUCAAAAUUGAAGGAUACCAUCAUGGAGAAAUAUGGAAAUGCAGCAUCCGAAGAGGCACUUCCGCGGGAACUUCUUCUUGGGCAAAGUGAGAGAGAGAUUGAGUAUGACCGUGCUGGUCGAAUAAUAAAAGGCCAGGAGACCUCACUUCCAAGGAGCAAGUAUGAAGAAGAUGUCUACAUAAAUAACCAUACCAGUGUUUGGGGUUCAUGGUGGAAGGAUCAUCAGUGGGGUUACAAAUGCUGCAAACAGACUAUUCGUAACAGCUACUGCACAGGGUCUGCUGGAAUUGAGGCUGCUGAAGCUUCUGCAGAGCUGAUGAAAGCAAACAUGGCUCGUAAGGAGGCCGCAGAAGAGAAACCUGUGCAGCAUGAGGAGCAGAGGCUUGCUACAUGGGGAACUGAUGUCCCUGAUGAUCUGGUUCUUGAUAAAAAAUUGCUUGCAGAAGCUCUAAAGAAGGAGGAUGAAAGAAGGAAGGAAGAAAAGGAUGAAAGAAAGCGGAAAUACAAUGUGAAAUGGAAUGAUGAGGUCACUCCUGAAGACAUGGAAGCCUACCGAAUGAAGAAGAUCCAUCAUGAUGAUCCAAUGAAAGAUUUCCUCGGCUAACUCCUGUUGUUGUAUAUAACCACUAAAAUCAUGGAGCUUAGGAGGCUGUUGGGCAAGCAUCGAUGAUGUAUGUUUUUAUGAGGAUUGGGUGUUAAUGUGUAAAGAUUAGACAAUUGCGAAGGUGAUCUGUGAGUCCCUUUUCUUUUCCUUGGUAUUGGUUAUUGUUCAGAGAUAAAUCUAUAGUUCUCUGUGUUGCUUAUGAUUAUGAACAGGACCCUGGGAAUCAUGGUUCUACAGUAAAUAUGGUUUGCUUAUUGGCUUAUGAUCUA